AGAGAGAGAGAAGCAGGAAAGAAACUCUGCUGAGACACAGAUGAGUGUUAAAGUAACGUCGGCUGUAUGCGCAUUAACACAUGUAUUGCUGCUUUCAAGGGAUCUACUGAACAAAUGUUACUCUAAGAGCAAUAAGGGAAAACAAUGACCACAGCUUUGUUGACAUGAUGGACUUUCACCUAAAAUACAGAUAGUGACAGCAGGAGAGAGACAGCAAAGGCAGGAGAGAGAGAGAGGGAGAGAGAGGGGAUGACAUGCUGCGAAGGGCCCUGGCUAGAAUCAAACCUGAGCCAUAAGUAGCCCUGUCCUUAAGUACAAUUUUGAGAUAAAGGCUCUGGCUUACAGUAUCUGAAGGCCUUUCCAGAAAGACUCACUCAUCUGGUGUAGAUACCUCUGAGAUGAUGGAGGAUGACGGACUUGGUCAUGUGAUGGUGGACUGUGAGGUGGACGUUCAAAUCACACAAACCAAAGCUCAGCCUCAGGCCAACAACAACAGACCCAGCUGGUCAAAUGGUCAGUGUGUUCUGGCAGUCCCAAGCUGUUCAGCGUUAAACCCCAGCUUUGAUCUAUCUCUGUGCCGUGCCAAACUGGAGAACGAUGGCUUCCAGAUUCCAGUCAGAGACAUGGAGGCUCCACUGAAGACAGCUCUGGACGUUCCCUCAGUGAGGAGAUACAUGGUUUUCAACUCGGCUCUCUUCCAUUUUAUAUUGGCACCGGUGCUGUAUGUGGUGGUGUGGUGCGCUGUGUUCUCCACCCUCCACCUCUACAUCCCUGUCAGUGACUACUGGGUCCUUUGUCUCUCUGUCAGCCUGGUCUCCAUCUUCCUCACCACUGCCGUCAUCUUCAUCCUCCAUUACAGUAACAAGGAGAUCAACAUGAAUUUAGAUGUUCGGUUAAUCCAGGUGAAUGAGAGGAUGGUGAAACACAAGUUGCUGGUGGCCGUGGCCGACUGGGUGCAGAACUGCACUGGAAACAUGCAGCUGUACUUUGUGUAUUGGGACAUGUCCCGUUGUCUGAGGGCACUGACUGAAACUUUAGAGGAGCGCAGCUUUGUGGCAAAUGACACCCAGAACAAACUGAAGAGGAAAAUGUCCCACCUCGUCCUUGUGGCCGAGGUCACGGCUGAUGAUCCCGAGGUUGAUGAGUCAGAUGUGGAGCAGAACUCAGAUGAACAGAGGCCGCUGCUGGGAAAUGAGGACACGGGCUACAGUACCUCAUCCAGCCAGCGGGAGGACGCCAAAGUCACCAAGAACUACAGCCUCAUCCCUGAUGCAUCGUUACCUGCUCAGGCUAAAGCCUACCAGCUUCUGAUAACUUACAGUGCAGCUUAUGUGAAGCUGCUCGUGUCUGAGAGGCUGACUGGACCAUCACACCACCGCCUACGUCCCCGGAGGAAUCACUGUACCACCGCCCCUUUAUGCCUCUGCCAGUACAUCAAAAAGAAGAUCCUUCGAUAAGAGAGCUGUCAGACCAGGACGCCUGUACAUGGAACUGGUGGACUACACUCAAAAAAGACUUUUGCUUUGCACACGGUCUUGAACAGGAAAACCAACAAGUAGAAGCACACAUGGAUUGGGUUACAUGUUCAAGGACAUUUUUAUCAAAUAAAGGACGUGUUUGGAGCUUCACGCUCCUGAUAUAUGUGUUUUUAAGACUGUUUUUCCAGCCUGCAGGCUACCCCUGCUGCUGUUUUCACACCGCUCCGUGUUUGCACAUCCUGGUCCAUUUGGUCCCAGCGAUCUCUGCACCCUGCCAAAUGCUGUUACACUGAGAACACAAUGAGGUCUAUUCCAGCUGCUGUAAAACAAUAUUUGUACUGCUGUACACAGCCAAGGCCUUAGUUACUGCUGUUUAAAUUAUUUGCACAAACAAAAAAUAUUGAUUCUUAUGUUUUGAUUGAAUUUGAAAAAUGGCUACAGUGUUUGUGGAUGAACUGAAGGCAGCGGUUGAGAGUAACCGAGUACAUUCCAAGUUCUGUACUUAGGUACAAUUUUAAGGUACUUGUACUUUACUAGAGUAUUUCCAUUUUGCGCUACUUUAUACUUCUACAUUGCAGAGGGAAAUAUUGUACUUUUCACUCUACUAUAUUUACCUGACAGUUAUAGUUUUGAGUUACUUUUCAAAUUAAAUCACUGUCUGCAAAUUACCUGGCUCUGUAGUUUCACCAACAUUCUUGGAAGGCUGAGCUGUAUUCACUUAGUUGCAAUCUGAAACUUCACCGCUAGAUGUCACUAAAUCCUACACACUCAUCCUUUAAGUAACGGAUUGGGGGUUUGACAAGUGGCGUGUAGAGAAACACAGAGGAAGCACGCAGGGAAAGAAAGAGAUUCCCCUUGAUGCAGGUGUGUAAUGAUGCUGAAAGAGGGUUAACAUGAAUCAUUGGCUUUAGUUUCCAGGCUAUAUUAUCUCAAAUGUCAGCAGCAGCUGAAGCACAAAACCACGUUUGUUGUUGUUCUCACACCUUUGGUUCUAUGUGUGUAGGUGGAUUAGUUAUCUAUGCAUUUGUGUUUGCAGGAGGCUGGGUUUUACUUCCCACCAUUAUUACAUAUUACCAGCCAUUACCCAUCAGUCCUGAUGCUGCGGCUGAGAUGACAGCCCAGCGAGAGAGCUGCAGGAUGACACAAACACACACAGCGAGACAGUCAGCAUGGCUGACCCAGGGGAAGCUGGGACUGUGUGAUGGAGGAGAGUGGCGUGCAGCGUGAGGCCAAGUUAAAUGAUCUCAGAGAUGCUGGGUCUCCUCAGGAGGCUAAAGGGCCAUCUGUGAUCCUGCACACACAGGCUGGCUCUGAUCCCACCUUUAGUUUCUCUCUCCAACUUGUUUUCCAUUGGCCUGUUUGGCCCAUACUUCACCUUUUAACAUGUAUUAUUUAAAGCAUUGAUAAUAGAUAUUUUAUAUAAUAACAAUGCAUCAAUUAAUGUGAAAACAAUGUGAAUCUGCAGCUGCCCUUUGCUUUACAGAGAUUUAUGGUGAGUUUCAGAUCAUUGUUUAGCUAUCCAGCCUGCAGCUUCACUGUUUUGGUUCACUCUCACCGCUCUCAUGGUGUGAGUUUUCAGUGAAAAACCUCCAAAACCCACACUGUACACUACCUGCUCAGCACCAAAUAAAGACUAACUGG